AUGCCCACCACCACCGAUGAGGCACCGGCGAUCCUCAUCCCGUCACUGCCAAACGACAUCGCUUUGCAAUGUCUGACUCGUGUCCCAAGACAGUAUCACCCCGUCCUUGCGGCGGUGUCGAAGCCCAUCAGAUCCCUCCUCUCCUCCCCCGAGUUCUUUGCCGUCCGAUCAUCCCUCAACUGCUCCGAGCUCCUGUUUUACCUCAGAAUCGUAGAGUUCGAUAAGCCGCUUUGGUUCACGGUCCAUCGAAGGCCCGACCCAAACGCCGCAACGGGUGAUAUCAAAGUUGCUCGGCUCCCAAGCUCUCCCGAGGAGCCUUUAGUGUGGUCUGAUUACGCCGUCGUCGGCUCCAAGAUCUACGACCUAGGCCACCUCUUUUCAACGGAGGUUUGGAUUUUCGACUGCGGCUUACACAGGUGGGAGCGCGGUCCAAGCAUACCAAUGCGAAGACAUGCUGUUAAGACUCUAGUUUUGGACGGCAAGAUUUACGCGAUCCGAUGGUGGACGGAGGAGAACUCAUGGGCCGACGUGUUCGACACGGUGACUGGGCGCUGGAAGGCCCUUCCUAGCCCCAAGCUUAGGGUCUACGGAGAAAAUGUUGUUGGAUAUGCCAUUAGGAGUGGGAAGGUUUGCGUCUGGUUGAAGCGAGAAGAGCUCAGGUUCGACCCCGACGAAGACGUGGGAGAGAUAUGCGAGGUGAAUGGGGUGUUGUGCUGCUAUGAUCAUUAUAGUAGAAGAAUUCCCACAAUUAAAUGCUUUGAUGAAAGAAUUGGUGCGUGGAAACUGCUCAAGCUUGUGGAUGACAGAGGGUUGCUGAAUAACUUGCCGCAACCGUGGAUGGCCAAUGUGCGAGGGAGGUUGGUACUAAUUGGGACGAAAUUCUUUUCCGGUGAUAACCAAGUAUGGUGUGGGGAAAUUGAAGUGAAGAAGGAUGGGGAUGAGGAUUUUAAGGGAGAAGUUCUAUGGUCGGAGAUGGUUUUUUCUACGGACAAAUGGGUGAUGGAUAGGCAGCACUUUUUCUAUGCUUGUCUGCCAGUUUCUUUAUGA